CAUUUUCUGUCUACGCAGUUGCGGUUAUUGCCCUGGUAAGCUAGCCAUAUUUUUGGAGGAGAGGGAAUCCGUUUCCCCUUCUCUCAUGAGGCUUUAGCUAGCUAUGCCCUCUGAUUUUAUAUCUCUUCUAAGUGCGGAUAUCGACCUCAAUUCCCCCAAAUCACUGUAUUCUAAAGAGUCAGUGUAUGACCUGCUCCCUAAGGAGCUGCAGCUCCCCCCCUCCACACAGCAGGAUAAGCAGUCCACUAUGAGCCAGAAGAGCGGUGGAGAGGCUGGCCCGCCCCCCUCUGCAGCCCUGGCCUCAGAUGCCGCCUCCUCCUGUGUCGCCUCCGCCUCCCAUGGAGGCCACAGCAGUGCACUUCCUGCCUCUUCCUGUCCCAGCAUGCUCUCUGCUACCUCAGCCCCAGAGCAGGCCUCCAGGCUACACAGCUGUCCCCCAGUGGAGGGUGUGUCCGACAGGCUCAGCGUAGAGUCCGGGCCGAGUGUAGCCAUCGGGGUGGCCGCAGGGAUUGGCGACGGUAUCGGAGGAGUAGGGGCAUCCCAACAGGUGACGCCCUCCAAGCGCCGAACUGUUUUGAACAUCUCUCCCCCACCUGAGGACCUGCUGGAUGACAGUCACAUGUCCUGUCAGGAUGACUUCCAGCCGAACCUGGAUUCGGAGCAGAGUGGCAGUAUGUGGAUGGAUGAUUCCGUCUCGAACUUCAGCAUGGCAAGCAACAGCUCCUACAACGACAACACUGAAGUGCCCCGAAAGUCCCGCAAGCGCACACCCCGCCAGCGACCGGGCCCAAAGCCGGUGACGAGGGAAGAGGCCAGCAUGGAUGUGUUUGAUGCUGAUAGCGCUAAAGCUCCACAUUUUGUCCUUUCACAACUGGGCUCUGAUUCUAAGACGAAUCCUAAAGGGAGUUCUCUGGAGGUGUCUAGCAAUCAGAGAGGAGGCAUUCUGUCUGCACAGUACCCACAGAAAAGCGAUGGCAAGGAACUGAAAAUACUGGUUCAGCCAGAGACUCAGCACAGAGCACGAUACCUCACAGAGGGAAGCAGAGGAUCUGUCAAAGAUCGCACGCAGCAAGGCUUCCCCACUGUGAAGUUGGAGGGUGUGAAUGAACCAGUGGUGCUGCAGGUGUUUGUUGCAAAUGAUGCUGGGCGUGUGAAGCCUCAUGGAUUUUACCAAGCCUGCAGGGUGACGGGACGUAACACAACUGCCUGUAAGGAGGUGGACAUAGAAGGCACCACAGUCAUUGAAGUGAAUCUCGAACCAAGCAAUGGGAUGACCCUGGCGGUGGAUUGCGUGGGGAUUCUGAAGCUGAGGAAUGCGGACGUGGAGGCUCGUAUAGGAGUCGCUGGUUCUAAAAAGAAGAGCACUCGUGCCCGUCUGGCAUUCAGGGUGAACAUUCCUCGGCCAGACGGUUCCGUCCUCACCCUACAGACCACCUCCUCACCCAUCCUCUGUACCCAGCCUGCAGGAUUACCUGAGAUUCUAAAGAAGAGUCUGCAUAGUUGUCCAGUGACUGGAGGGGAAGAGGUCUUCAUCAUUGGGAAGAACUUUCUGAAGGGAACCAAAGUCAUCUUUCAGGAGAAUGUCUCAGAUGAGAGCUCCUGGCAGGCUGAGGCAGAGAUUGAUAUGGAGCUGUUUCAUCAGAACCAUUUAGUGGUGAAGGUCCCUCCAUACCAUGACCUGACGGUAACCUCCCCUGUAUCCGUUGGCAUUUCUGUGGUUACAAAUGCCGGAAAAACACAUGACCUGCAACCUUUUACAUACACUCCUCAACCAGAGAAAGUUGAUGUGCCUGUGAAGUCAGAGGUGCCAGCCACAACUAAGCCUUGUACAUAUGAAGAACAGAUGAAAGCAAUGCAGACUGGGACAACUUGUCUGAACAGUACCUUGAUGGCCCCAUUGAUGUCCAUGGUCAAACGCGAAGAGGUCACUCCUAUGGAAGUUUCUAGUAAUCCUACAGCACAAACAGUUUUUAAGUCCACAGAGGUUCUAGGUUCAGCUCCGCAGAUCUUGGAGAUUAGUACCGUCCUACCCAACACAAGCAACAAAUCUUAUCCUAGCCCUGUGCCUCUGCAAACAGGGGACACACAACAGCCCCAGGCACAAAUUUUUAGCACCCCAGAGCCACUGACCACCAUUCAGAAGCAGGACAUUACCCCCACAACAUCCUUCCAAGUGUCCUUGUCAGAAGACACCACUGUUCUUCAGCCUGUGCCUCCACAGGUCCCUCAGCAGUUCCUGCGGGAGACCCCUGAGACUCUUUCCCCUGAAGAGAACAGUGCUGAUGGCAGUGGGAUGUUAGUUGUAGGGAUUCCCCAAAUGGUUGAUUCAAGGCCUCCUCCAUCCCAACAACCCCAAGUCCAGUCUCUCAUACCCCAAGACGGGGUGGCUCAACUGGAAAGGGCUGUGCGUGAGCUCCAGGCUCAGCAGCAACUGAAUUCUGUACUAUAUAGUCCUACACCCUCUGCAGAGAGUCUGCAGCAACACGUCCAGGAAAACAUGAACAGCCUUUGUUUGGGUGGCAAUGAAAACACCCUGACCAACCAACAGCAACAGCAGCAACAACAGAGUAUUUUAGAGAAUCUGCAGCAGCAACAUCAGAAAGCACUUGAAGAUCUUAAGCAUCAACAAACGGUCCUGGAGAAUCUACAGCAACAUCAAAAGGUUUUGGAGAAUUUGCAACAGCAACAACAGCAACAAGUUCUUGAGAACUUGCAACAGCCGCCACAUCAGAAGGUUUUGGAGAAUCUACAACAACAACAGCAACAGCAUCAGCAAGUUCUUGAGAACCUUCAGCAACAAAACACUCUGGUAAACCUACAGCAUCAGAAAGUUUUAGAUAAUCUUCAACAGCAGCAGCAGCACCAGAAUAACUUGGAGAACCUCCAGCAACAACAAGAACAUCAGAAAGUCCUAGAGAACCUGCAGCAACAGUUACAAUCAGAGCUGCUUCCACCGCAAGUCCCUAUGCAGUGUGCUCCAAGCUUUCCAAGAGGACCUCAGACAGAGAUGACAGAGCAGCAGGGAACGGCACAAGUGGUAAUGCAGGGCCAGGGCAGUCUGUCGCAGUCGUCUGAAGGCUUUCUCCAGAGUACAUCCCAGCAGCAGCAACAGCAACAAGCAACACUUUUCCAACAAGCGGGAGGACUCUUGACCAUCCAGACCCCCAGUUUCCUUCAGCAACCACCAUCUCACCCCUCUCCUCCACAGCAGCUGUUCCAAAACCGUAACCCUUUGACAGAAACACAAGACCCUCAGAGUGGUCUCUUUGGUGCCUCAAAGACUACCCAGGUCCAAGCGGCCCUGUUCCCAAACACUAUGACAAUGUUGACAAGCUCUAGUCUCCCUUCUGAGCAGCAGGCUACAUCCGCCACUCUGUUUAUCUCCCAAAGCGUGCUGCCUAGCCAGUUAUCAGCGGACAACAAUCCAAAUCAACAACAGCAGCAACCGAUAACUUUCCUUACCCCCAUGCCAACGUCAGCGUCCGAUUCUCCAACAGUGUCACUUUUUCAGGGACAGGUGCAGUUGGCCACACCUAUGGAACAGCAGCAGAGUACCCCCAUGGAGCAACAGCAGUCUCCACAGCAACAGCAACAACCAACAGCCCAGCAAGCCUCCCUGUUCCAGACUAUGACAUCACUCCCCCAGAGUCAGUCCCAGCCACAGCCCCAGACUGGCAUACUGUUCUGUGCAAGUCCCAUUAACCCUCAAGAUUUGCCGCAGUCUCUGAUCUUUAGUGGUCAGAGCCAGGGUCCUAUUGGCAGUGAAAACCUACCGCAGAACAUCUUUCAGGACCAGCAGCCCAUGCAGGUAGUUCCAAGCUCAGGCAGUGUUCCUCCUAACAGUUCCCCAAACCAACAGUCAGGCUCGCCUGCCCAGGCAUCACAGAGCCCCCAGAUUCUUUUUUCCCAAACCGCUGUUGUGACCGUGACCCAGCAGGAUCCCACAGAGCCCAUGUCCUUCCAGGACCAGAGCUCUGUCGUUGGCGAUUCUGCAACCAACAUGCCCUCCUCUCAACCGGGACUCUUCCAAGACCAGCAACCUAUGCAGGUCGUCCCGAGCCCCAGCAACGUUGCCUCCGUCUCCUCGGACCAACCCUCUGUAAACAUCUUCUUGCCCCAGUCAGCCAUGUCGGCCCUCCAGGGAGGUGUUGGUGCUCAGGAGUUACCUCAGGCUGCUACGGCAGCAGCUAUCUUUACUGGGCAGAGCGGGGUGGCUGUCAGAGGGCCUCAGAACAACACAACCUCUUCCAAUCAGCAACCUCCGGACCAGAUAUUUCAGGCAGCUAUGGGUGGGACCCUUAGCCAGCCUGGACAGCCAGGGCAAACAAGCCUGUUCUUGUUUGAAAUACCCAAUGCAGAAUGUGGGCAGCUGAUAAAUACUUCUGGUCCUACAUUGUCCGAUCAGCUCGUCACCAUUGGACACGCUGGCCCCAGUCAAACCCAGAAUCAGCUUCAGAGCAGCGCACAGAUCCAGACCCUACUGGACCAGUCCAACAAUAUGAACAACACCCAGAACAUGGUAAAGAUUGACGAGCUCUUGGAGAGCCUUCAGGAACAGGGGAAAAACCUUUCGGGAGAUUUUUAGGACCAGCAGUAGAGAUUGGUAAUUUUCAUCCAGGCUGGCCUCUUGCAGGUUAUAAAACUCAAAUAUGAGCCUCUAAAUGUUUAAUUUUAAAUUUGAUGCGAAGAUUUUCUUGUUGACAAAACAUGUGGCCAAUAGAGCAGACAAAUGGAGGAAAAAGUAAAGUUAGAUCUGAUUGUUUGUAGGCCUUUUAAAAAAAGAUGAGUUGUUCAGUGAAUUUAUUUCUUGGUCUGAGUCUGGUGACUGUUGCGGCAUCAUCCAGACUAGUUUUCAUUAUGGAUGAUGAGGGGAAUAGGAAGUGAAGCAGUGGUUAGUGAACAUAUCAUGUAACAGAAUGUUUUUUAGACCUUAUAGGCCUUUGAGGUCAUUUCAUACGUCAGCACUUUUUUUUUUGUUUUUGUUCUUUUUGUUUGUUUGUUUUGUUUUUUUUCUUCUUCUUUAAACCAGUA